AUGUGGAAGGUGAGCUGCGAGACACCAUGGUGUGGCAACGCACUUGCGGGAGCUAUCCACAAGAAGCUCAAGGAGGGCGGAAUCUCAACAGCGGCGGGCACAAGAUCUAUAUACACGGUCUACAGCACGGAGGAACAAAAGUUCAAAAGCCUGAUGAAGAGAGACCUGGUCCUUGUGAUGCCUUCCUUGGUUUUGGCGGACGUGGACGAGCUCAUCGGACUUCAUUUCUGCUUCGCCCGAGGGCACACCCGCGGAUCAAGAGAAGUGGAUGGUCAGGGGGGUUCAACGGCUCGUGCGUCGGCAUUUCCAAGUCUUGGAUGUCCAAGUCCUGGACAUGCCGACGCACGAGCCGUUGAACCUAAGUGCUCGGCUGCAAACUGCAGCUACACCGACGCUUCGCAGGAACAUCUGAAGGUGGCUGAGGGACGCAGGUGUUUAAUUUAA